UAGUAUCCUUGUCCGUUGAUCACAAAAGCUUCUCCUCGUUUGCCCCACAAGAACCUCGUACGAAGCCCCCAUGGGGCUGCGUCAACCCGAGAGGUGAAGUCAAUUCUUUCUCGAAUCGGUAAUAACCACACCGUUUUCGGCAUUUACGGUACGAAACAACAUCGUGUGGCCCCAACUCAGGCUGAUCUCGGGCCAAUCGCUCGACGUCUACUUCUCCCUGGCGACCCAAGUCACUAUCUCGCCAUCGAUGGCACUGCGUCUCUCGAGCUUCAAGCACCACGCAAAUGCUGCACUAUGCAGCCUCUCCAGCUCGGCAGCCUCUGGACUGGCAGACUCUCAAGUCCUCGCACCGUUUUCUGCUACGCAGAUACGAGAUUUCUUGCUUGAUCAGCAUAGCACUUUACGCAGUCCACUGCAGGUCGUGUGCGAUCAGCUCUGCACCCGCCUCGUGCAAUCGUGUAUGUAUGGAGAGUUUAGACCCAGCUUGUCUGCUCUUGAGAGAAUCAGGACGGCGAAUGAAUUUCAUGAAGUUGUUCAAGUAUCUUGGGUGCCGUAUCGGUUGCAGCUGCAGCAGUACCAGUACUCUUGCCUGAGGAGUUUCAUCAAGAUAGAGAGAAGUGUCAUCGGAUCGCUGAAUUAAGAUGUCGAGAGUGUUGAGGGUCACAUUCUUAGGCCACCAUCUAUCUCGAGACCAGACUAG